AUGGAUACUCAUGUUCUUCAAAGCCAGCCCGCCCAGAAGGUCGCGUUUAAAGACUCUUCCACGGUUCGUGUGGGUAAUAAACUUGUUCGCAAUAAGCCACCCACCCAGCCCUCUGCUAUGCGACCCAAGCAUAAUUCAAACGCUGUAAAAAGUGAUGUACAGACUGCAAGUGCAGCGGGAGUUGUUGUUCCACCCGCCCAACCCACGAUUUGUCAUUUGGUCCGCGGCGGGUUCCAGCCGCGCCUUCCGACUUCGCUGCCGCCCCCAGGGCAGCAGCAGCAGCAGCCGUCGCCGCUACCACGCCGACAGCCCGUCCCGUUGAUGCCUCCCGCGCAGCUUCAUCUGGGAGCGCCCCAGGUGGUCGCUCCGGCGCCUGCGGUCCCUCUUCAGUCGCCACCGCCUUCGGAGCUGAUGGACGUCGACCCCUCAGCCGGGCCGCCUUCUCAAGCGGUGGCUGUGCAGCCUGUCCUGCAGCCGCUUUCCUUGGGCACCCCCAAGGAGUCUGACACCGCAGCGCCUUGGCCGGCGCCCACUCAGCAGCCGUCGACGCAGCGUCAGGAGACGCUGCCUCUCUUCGUGGGUCCCGACGCCCCGUCGCGUCCAGUACCAGAAGCUGCGCCCGUGGUCACAGGCGUGCACCCUGACCUCGGUUUUCAGUCGGUGUUUCCCGAGGCCCCGCGCAGCCAAUGCUGGGGUGCGGACCGGGGACUGCCACCGACAACAGUCUCCGCCCCGGUCCGCGAUUUGGGGGGGAGGAGUGUUAUAUCCUAG